GAGAGCAUUGGCGUCACACUCGUCUCACAGUGUAUCGAACGAACGACAGAACAGUUGUUAUACUGUACGUAGAAAGGAAGACCGUAAGUUGUGCAAGACAAGUCUAGACAAUCAAGCAUCCUUAUUGGGAACUACGCUACUAGAUCAGUGUUUGCAAUAGUGCUUGUAUUAUUGGUUUGUUGUAGGCUAUAUACGACCGUUUCUCUGUAUCUAUAGUGAUAUGUUGUUACCGUGGGCAGCUUAUAGCCUGCAAUAAGAAAGCUUCGACUUCUUCCUCAACCCAACCGUGAGCCAACGGAUAAAGGACACAUGCAGAAGCUUACAGAUGGACUGGCUCACACCGGAGAUGUGAAGUGUGUUAUGUGAAGCCAAGGUGUCAUCCCACCUUAUAGGUGGUGGGGAGAGAUGCUGCACUCUGUUGCCAUGACAGCGGAAGUCCUGUUUGUUAUGUGGUUUCUCAUGACCAGUAGUCAGUGUAAUCCCGUGGCAGACUUGUUGGUGAGCCGGGAACGCUUUGAGCGUGUCCUGACCCAGGCCAGAGAGGACAAGUAUGACAAGCAGCAGGCCUCGGAGGGGGCGCUCAGUUACAGCACCCAACAACAGCUGAAGGAGAUCAGCUUCAUGGGCCUGGAGGCCAACAGAGGGGUCAGCAAUAGAACUUCUGUCAACAGAUCCAGGAAGAACUCCAGCUCCCAGAAGCGUGGUGGAUCCAAGGGUGGGAAGGCAUCACAGGAGUUGUGGGAAGAGCAAGAGGGGGGCCUGAGUCGAGUAGACGAGGGCCCUACAAGUGAAACAAACCUCUCUCUCGACGCUAUCGACGAGUACGCAUAUCCAGAUUACAGGGGGAAGGGCUGCAUUGAUGAGAGUGGCUUUGUGUUUGCCAUCGGGGAGAAAUUUACUCCGGGGCCCUCCACGUGCCCUUGCCUCUGCACGGACGAGGGACCCCUGUGUGCCAAGCCUGAAUGUCCCAAAGUUCACCCUCGCUGCAUCCGGGUGGACACUAGCCAGUGCUGUCCAGAGUGCAAGGAGAAGAAGAACUACUGUGAGUUCAGGGGAAAAGUCUACGCAACGCUACAAGAGUUUAAGGUGUCUCCGUGUGAGAAGUGUCGCUGUGAGGGGAGUGGAGAGGUGUUGUGCUCUGUGUCAGCAUGCCCUCAAACAGAGUGUGUCGAUCCAGAGUACGAGCCUGAUCAGUGCUGCCCCAUCUGUAAGACCGGGCCAAACUGUUAUGCAGACACACAAGUAAUCCCAGCUGGGCGCGAGGUGAAGAUUGAUGAGUGUACAAUCUGCUACUGCACGUAUGAAGUGGGCACGUGGCAGAUCGAACAUCAGGCUACCUGCAGCAAGAAUGAUUGCCAGGUGAGCUAGAGACUGGCCCUGACAGUGGGUAUGGGGGCAGGGGCUAUGGAUCCAUAGGCGCCCUCGUCAUGUCCAUGUCAGCCAGCACGCAACUCAACGCUAGCCUGAUUAAACCAGACUGAACGCUGGUGAGCGCAAAAAAAAUGUUGAAUGCAGCAUUCAGUCUAGUUUAACCUGGCUACCUCAGUGCAGCCUUCACCCAGUCUAUACCAGACAUCAAGGUCACCCCCAGACCGUAUGAUUUCUGCAUUUACAAUCACAUGUAUUAUUAAAUCAAGCUUUAUAUGAAGAGUUUGAAUCCAUAUACAGAAGAUCUAUUUAUCUAUGUACUGAAUUAUUUAUGGAGAAAAACUAGCCAAAACAUAUUUUUUAUAGCCACUGCAUUUUAUUAAACUGCAAUGAAUUGGGUUAGAGGUCAAAUAAACAUCAUGGAAUGUAUAGAAUCCUUACUGUCUGUGUUUCAUAGAGGUAGAAACCAUAGCUUACUGACAGGUGGUGUCAUUCUUACACGAUGCACCACCUGAAGUAAAACAAUGGGUAAAACUUGUGAGGUUUCAAUAUGAAAAUUGUACGUCAUUUUGAAAAUAACUUAGUGAAGAAAUGUAAGAAAUUACAUGACUGUUUUGUGAUUUACUUAUAUGUAUUUUGCAAUUUCAAUGUGUUUUGAUUUUAUGCGCUUUUUGUAAGCAGUUCUCUUUGUAUUAUGUAUUCACGUUUAAAAUAAACAGCAACCUGUGCGCUGUAGGUGCUUGUAUGAUAAUAUCAAUCAGUUUCUUGAACCAAAUACAUUCAAAAAAAGUAUAAUUGUUUUUUUCAAUUGUAUUUUUUUUUAUCCAACUCCAGAUACAAACUUAUACAUAUGAACAACAACUUACAGACACACACAAAUGAUGACUACCUCUCAUCUGCCCAGACCCACAUGCUCACAGCCUCAUCCCUAGUGCCUGCAUUAUCGUUUGCCACUUGGCCUUAAAUUGUACCAAUUUAUUUUUCUUGUUCGCCCAUGCUAUUUCAAUAUUUCAAUAGUAAAUAUUUGGAUUUUUGCCAUUAUGUUAUUUUGGCACGUUUUUAGUUUGUUUUUUCAAGAUGAGCGAUGAGAAGAGAAUCAUCCAGUCCAUUGGGUAUCUUACGACACCAUGUCUUUAAAUAUGCAGGCAGAUGGAUUAAAAGUAAGUUUACAUUGUAAUUUUUCUGACAACCAACUUUCUAGUUCCGCCCACAACUUCUGAACUUUAUAGCAUUCCCAGAAAUCAUGGAUUAUUGAGUCGUUAUUAGUUUUACACUUAAGACAUGAAUCUGCCAUUGUGUUGUAGAAUUUUCGAAUUUAUCUUGUAUAAUAAAUUCUAUAUAUUAUUUUAUACUGGAUUAAGCACGCAUUUUUGUUAACUGUAAUUCUGUUAGUGAUGCUCCAACUUCCCUCCUUCUUAUGCCAACAUCAGUUCUUUUUAAGUAUUGGUUCCAAUAGUUUACAUUUUUUCUAAGAUAUUGUCAGUUGGAUAGGCUUUCUGCAAGGUUUUGUAUAUCUCCCCUAUCAUAUGAACAUCCUUUUCCGACUGAAAUAGGAUUCCCUCAAGGUUGCUUGAUGUCCAAAAUAUAUUUUGUGAUAUGUAACUUUUAAGUAUGUAUUCGAAACUGUCUGCAUUGGUUAGUCCAAAAUCACUUUUUAAUUCUGUCAUGGAAAUAAUGUAUUUUCUGUUACCAAGUAAUUUUCAGUUUCUGUGCCUUUAUAUUUACGUUUUCCAUGUGGACCAAUUUAUCUGUGAAUUCUGAAAAGCUAUCCAAGGAUUGUUCCAGAAGGUUGUGUUUUUAGGGCGUGAUAUUGGUUCUUGUAGAACACGUUUCAUUUUCUGCCAAAUUGUUAUAGUGUUCUUAACUAUGAAGUUGUUAAUGUUCUUAGCUUUAUCCUUUGAAAAUAGACACGUAGAAAGAUUCUGGGGAUGAGCAUGUGCAGCUUAAGUAUGUACCCAUUGUUCCUCUUUAGUGCAUUUAACCACAUGUCGUAAGUAAAAGCCUUGUGUAGCGAGUUGAUCCAAUUCCAGGUCUGGAAGGGUAAAACCACCCUCAGACAUAGGACGAUGUAAAACUUUCCUUUUUAUUCUAUGAAUUGUAUAUGCCCAUAUAAAGUCUGUUAUGACCAGGUAUACUUUUUAAAAGAAUGUCUUCGGUGUUUGCGAAAAUAUAUACAAAAACUUCAGGCAGCCAUGCCAUUCGAAAGAGGUUAAUUCUACCUUGUAAGAUUCAUGGGAAGAUUAUUAAAUUGAAUUAGAUCUGCUUUCAUAUUGUUGAGUAAUGGAAUAAAAUUAUCUUUACAUAUUUGUUGUUUGUUGGCACUUAUUAAGCAUCCUACGUAUUUCAUUUUUGUUUGUGGCCCACUUAAAGGAUUACUGUAGAUCGUAAGUUAUUAUUUUUAUUUUUCCUAUUGCCAUUUAAUUUUGUAUCCUGAGAUUUUUUGAGUAUUCAGAAAAUAUUUUUAUCAAAGGGGGCAUUGAGUUUUCAAAAUUGGUCAAGUAUAUCAGGAGAUCAUCAGCAAAUACGUUUUGGUCUUUAUUGAUGUUUACCAAUGCAACCUGUUACGUUUGUGUUCUGUCUAAUUCAUUCUGCAAGCGGUUCAAUUGCCGGUGCGAACAGAAGAGGGGAGAGGGGACAUCCAUGUCUUGUGCCCCUUUCUAAAGUCAUUUCAUCAGAAAAUGUUAUAUUUGUGUAUAAGUUUGCAUUAGAACAUUUAUAUAAUUAUUUUAUUAAAUGUAUUAUUUUUAGCUGGAAAGUUGAAAUCUUCCAAAGUUUUGAAUAGAAAAGGCCUGUCAAUAUGGUCGAAAGUUUUUUUUUGGCAUCAACAGACACUGUUGAAAAAUCUUUAUCUUGUUUUUUUUGUGUAUUGUAAUAAACUUAAACAUGUU